ACGAACGGCGGGACCCAGGGGAAAGAGGAGGGACGUCAGUCAGUCGUGACGGCGAUAGCGAAGGAAUCGUUGAUGCUACCAUUUCCUCCGGAUUGGUGGCUUGGCCUCACUUUCCCCGCACUAUAAAUUCCGGGCGCGACACAGAAAGAAUUGGAGCCGAGAGGAGCAGAGAGCCAGUAGAAAAAGGAGUGCUAGAGGCCGACCGAUCGAGAUCGCAAGGCACAAGAGGGAGCCAAGAACCGGGAGGGGAAGGGGAUUCGGUGCCGGCGGCGAUGUCGUCGUCGUGGAACUCGGUGGGGCUGGAGGUGCUGUACCAGGUGCUCGGGUGGGUCGCCUUCUUCGCCUGGUCCUUCAGUUUCUACCCGCAGGUCCUCCUCAACUACAAGCGCAAGAGUGUUGUGGGUCUGAAUUUUGAUUUUCUGGUGUUGAACUUGACAAAGCACUCGUCCUACCUCAUAUACAACGCGGCUCUAUUUUUCAGCCCGGUCAUCCAGAGACAGUAUCAUGACAAAUAUGGUGACAAAGAGAUGAUUCCUGUUGCUGCAAAUGAUGUUGCUUUUUCACUACAUGCGGUUGCGUUAACAGCUUUUACCAUUUUUCAAGUAUUCAUAUAUGAGCGAGGAACCCAGAAAGUCUCCAAAGUUUGCAUAUCGAUUUCUGCUAUUGUCUGGACUGCCGCUAUUGUUUGCCUCAUUAUUGCUUGGCCAAAAAGGGACUGGCUUUGGCUUAUUGAUGUGUUCAAUUCAAUACAGGUUGGCAUGACAGCAAUCAAGUACAUUCCCCAGGCUGUCAUGAACGUCAGGAGGAAGAGUACAAUUGGUUGGAGCAUUGGAAAUAUUUUACUUGAUCUUACAGGAGGUGUGCUCAACUUUGGUCAAAUGGGCGCGCAAUCUAUAGAUCAACAUACACUAGUGAAUUUCUAUGGAAAUAUUGGGAAAACCCUUCUUUCAUUGGAAGUCGUUUUCUUCGAUGUUAUAUUCAUAAUUCAGCACUACGUGCUGUACCCUGUCAAGAGGGAUGAGAAUGACGACGAUCACCCUGUUCUCCCUAUCGAAGUAAAACAUGUUGCAGCCCAAUAGAAGCACAGAACGAAGGGGAUGGGCCUUUUGGGCCGAAAGAACACACCAUGAUGGCCUAAUCAGCUGUCGAAAUCGGUGAUGGACGAUGCAGUGUGAACCAAGAGCACAAAGGAUCAUCUUAAAUUAAAAAGAAAGAAAGAAAGAAAAUCCAAGAGAAAAAAUGGCAGUAAUAUGUAAAAUACCUUUAUUAAGAGUGUGACGUGUAUGCUAUACUAGUAUUAGUCGUGUGUAUGCAAGUUUGCGACGCAAGCUCAGACUCAACCGAUCAUGAAUACAUAUUGUUUGCAAUAAAGACAGUCUUCAGUGUA